AAUGGAUAUUGCAUUCCGGCAGAGACCCGGGGUUCUCCAAUAUUUCCCCAUCGGGAGUCUGGGCGGUUUGCCUGCGGUCCCUCCGGUCAGCUCAGCUCAGCUCCUGCAGCGCACUGGUCACACCGACCGUACAUCCAUCGAUGUACGCAGUAAUGCAGGCUGGGAGACUCCAUCCAGCAGCAAGGGACCCGAACUUUCCUGUUCAUCUCGCUUGCCGUCAGCUCCUCGAAGUCAACCGAAGUCAAGUCACCCUGGGAACUUUCAACCGGAACCGCGAUUCACGCGGGAUUUCGGAACUUAAUUGGAAUUAGGUCUUAGGGUUGGAGACCC